CUUCCUUUGUAAGAAAACUAAGCUUUCUGAACACGCUUCGAUUCCUCAUUUGUUAAUCAAAGUGCAACUGCAAUGGAAAAUACUAACAAGAGAACUCUGACAUUGUUGUCUUCUUUCCAAAUUGUGAUAUCCGUCUUAUUUUUCAUUCUGGGAUUGGUGGACGGACUUGAAAUCCGCUUUAUAUAUGUUAGCCUCGCGUUUUCGCCAUGUUGGAUUGUUCCCCUGGUAAGUCAGUGCUUCUGGUUCUUGUCUGUUUCUAAAUUUGUCAAUCACUUAACUCUUUGUAAGAUUAUAUCUGGUCAUGGAUAAAAGUGUUAUUGCCCCAAUGAUGGUACAAGUGAAGAGAAAACCUUCUGAACUUUUUGCCGUGGGAUCUUCAAGCCUGUUUUGAUGUGUAUGUUCUUAAUAAUUCAUCUCAUUAAUUAUGAGUGGUCGUCUCGCUUUCGGAGUGAUCAGGUCAAACGACAGAACUUUGCGAAAGCUCAAUAGUUGUUAUUCACUGUUCAAAAUAUGGACAUAAUAUGCUGUUAAAUUACAAAUCAUUUUGAAAGUGCACUCAUUUUGAAAGUUUUUCACUGCCAAAGUCUCGAUGGAUAGUGUCGGCCCAUCUGUCAAUAUCAGGGCGGAUAAGGGUUGGGCGGUGAAACGAGCACUCCGCUCUUUCUUAAUGUGUGACGCGGAGUAGGACUGGCAUGAGCGCUCUUUCUGCGCUUCCGGUGCCCUUGAAGGCCGGCGAAAUUUUCUUUUUUGCAAACCAGAAAUCCCAUUUUAUUUCUGUAAUUUCAGGCUACAUUGUUAAAUACAUAAAUUCGUUUUAUAACAUUAUUAAUAAACAGUUUCAUAUGUUUAUGUCUAUAUGCCUACAAGUCAAACUUAUUGGUCGCAUAAUGCCAAAAUUUGUGUUUAAUUUGAAAGUGUUGAAUGCCUCCUCCUUCCCUAAAUAUGACCUAAUCGUCUUUUGCCGUUUCGUUUACAAACGUUUAACACUUCUUAAUUUUUACAUAUGUUAAAGGGGUAUAAAUUUUAUACAACAUAACAAAAAAUUAGCUGGAAAUAUUUGGAUAUAAUGGCGUUGUACUACUUCAAACUUUGCCGUUUCUCGGGUGCAAAAGAAGUGCAGAAGCUAUUUUAAUCAGCAGCUCAUAAUUUGAUCAUCACACCUUUUUCGCCCUUGUCAAUAUUAUACUUCCCCGUCUGACUUCCCCGCUUUGCGUUACGUAUUUUCAGCUAAAGGCCGGAAGCUCGUUUAUGUCAGAGAAAAUACAACGAUGGUUACAUUAACUAGUUAUUUUAUACAGCCUUCCCGUGUCAGUUUCAACUUAAUUGUAAACGAAUUCGCACCAAAUACAACAAGAAACGUCUCAGAAGUUUGACCGAAGCCGUUAUAAUUUGGAUUAUUCCACAAAAUUUCAGCAAUUCCUUUCGUGCGUGAAGUAUUACACCUUGUGUACGUACAUGGCGUACCCUGCGAGCAGAGUCCGCUCAGUAGUUGGCUUGUUUGCGCAUGCCAUUUUCUCCAAUAUGAAGGACGCGAACGACUCCGCACAUAUAAUACUAAAAGCAACCAUGAUGCCGGAAAGAAAUCUCUACUCGAAGGGUAUACACGAUGACGAUGGCAAUAAGAACGCGAGAAAACAAUGUUUGUUUAAAGAAGAAAACUACAGCACUGCAAGUAAAAAACACUUUUUUUUCGCUACCGUCUACAACGUACAUGUAUAACUUUCUGACGUUUUAUGUAAUAGAGGACUUGACGACAAGGACGAUGAAUUUCCUGUCUCGUUUUCGUCUACCUUUAAUUGUUUACAUUGACAAAUUGAGGGAAGCUAAAUAAACGCAAUAGACAGGUUGAAAUGUUAAGGCAAGUUCAGUUUAGUAACGUUUUCACUUCCCAUUGUCACUGUGUUGUCGUCGAUGGUUGUCCAAGCUCCUAAUUUAUUGUACAUAGUUAAACAUCUUUCCUCAUGGUUCGACCAGUGCUACAUGAAAUCUCCAAUGCAAACGUUUGAUAUUUUAAAAAAAUGAUCUUUAAGGUCAUGCCGUCUUUCAUAGGGAAGGAAUGGGUGACAAAGCUUAAAGAGAGCAUCUUCGUGGGAGGCUACCAACAAAAUUCGCCAUGGCUCAUGCAAAGUCAAUGAUAGUGCUACAUGAUAAAUUUUCCUCUAUGAUCUUCCUAUACAUGUGAUCUAAUAGCCCACGUUAAAUAUAUCAGAAUUCUAACAUGAAUCUGAGGCUUUCUGGUCACAUAGGACAUCGUCGCUGACGUCACCUAUUGAUAUUGAUGUGCCAACCAGAAGCGCAUUGGUUAUUGUAACACAAAACCUCUUUUGCUCCACUCGUUACAAAUUUAGUUAUAAGCAGUGAUCACCCCUAUAUUAAUCUUUAAUUUGAUGUUAUUUGUAUUUCUUCUGGCAAUUACGGGGGACAAGAGAAGUCAAGUUAGAAUUUUGAUAGAUCGAACGUUGACUAAUAUACAUUUAUUUCAUUUUUUUUUUCUAUUUUUGACUUAUUGUACAUGCGUACAGCUGUAUGUAUUCACUUUAAGAUGAUUUUAACUUGUCGACACUGAGUUAUUUUGUUAACAGUGUCCCCAGUUAGCAUGUUAGCAAAAAUCUUUUGAUUCACCAACGAAAUACUUGAAUACAUAUAAAAAUAAUGUAUGUAAGUAUGUAUUAAAUUAUGUUCUGUGCAUUUACUGUUCAGACUCUUACAAAUGGCAUCAUGGGACUUGUUUUAAGCCAAAGCCGUAAAAGAUCUUCAAAUCUGGUAAGAUUUUCUUGAUAAGCACUCGUACACGUCUGACAGAGGAAAAUAUAAUCUAAAGUUGCGAAAGAGAAGACUCUCCAUUAGUAACGACCGCCCCCUCUCCUGGGCUAGGCGGGUUGGGAGCUACCGUGGGUGCAUCGAGACACCUCUCCCACGACUGGAGACUGAGCCUACCCCCUCACCCUCCACCACCACAAAACAGUACAAAAGUGAGGUAAGCCAACGGAUUAGAAAUGGAAGUCCCUUCGAAAGUAUUGAUGCGCCUCGUAGAAGAAGAGUAACAUUAUCGGCAGAAACUGGAACUUUCCCCCUUCCCUUGAAACUACAUUGAAGUGGCAGAUGCGAUAAACUUAAUUGGAGAGAGCAAAGCAAAACGGCGAUCGUCGCUUUCGAAAAGAUUGAAAACAAGACGAACCCCCUCCCCCCCGCGCCAAUACACACAUACAUACAUAUUUUUUUAUUUGGAGUCGUAUAAAAUAAAUAGUAUAUCAACUAUUUGCAAAAACUUAAAUUACAAACAAGAAAAAAUCCUUACAAUAUAUGGUUAAUAAAUUCAGUAUAUUUUAUCAGCAAUGAAGGGGUAUUGUAUUCGAGUCCCCCAGAGGCAAAAAAAGAUGUGCAGGAUCCCAUAACACGAAGUUACUAACGGCGUUGUUACUCAACCAUGGCCAGAUUUUGGCGCGAACUUAGCAUAUUUUGCCAAGUCCCACAAACCAGUCAAAACCUACAGACCUGAAAAUGGUUUUUUGACCUUUUGAAGACGUUCAGUUCUCCUUGUGCAGGCCUUAUACUGCACAUGCGGAGAACCGCUCUAUGUCAAUCUAAAAAUAAACGCCGUGACGUAAGCCUAGUACUUAUGAGAAUUGUUCGCUCCAUGUCAUAGGCUCCUGAUAUAUACCUAAACAAAAGUGAAACUCGUUUUUGUGAUUAACAUUACUGAGUCAUCACUGAUUUCAAUUGCUUUAGAUCCAUGCUAUUUGGUCGGUUAGCGUAGCAUGUAUUAUCUACGCCGCUAUUACAAUGCUGAGGUAUCAGCACUGGGGUGUCAAUGCACUGACGUUUCAUACCAACAUUCGGACUCAGGACUCCGACCACACCGACAAAUGGUGGUUUGUAAAGAAAAACGUCAAGCCGAAGUACACUGAGCAGGAAAAUAAGGCACUUGCUGUAUUUGGCAUCAUCAUUGUGUUGUCUGUCUUUGAAAUUAUCCUGGCUGCUGCUUUGGCAAAAGUUAGCGAUUCAAGCCACAAGGGAGUUCCACAGCCAACCAUCCCAAUGUACGCUAUGUAUUAUCAGGUAAUUUUUUUUUUCGUCUAACUAUUACACUUACGUCAUAAAUGGGAGGAAGAGGGACAUAGAUAUUGCAGUCGCUGAAAUCUUUGUAAGAUUUCGUAUGAGUGGGUCAAUUCAAUAUGCCCAAUGACAGUGGCCACAAUUACACUGACCUGGCAGUGGCAACUUGGAAGAAAUUUGAUCUGGCCUGUAUCUGACAAAAUAUUGAACGAAAAUAUAAACUUAAAGUUGUACAGUCAGCCUUGCUUUUUUCACUGUUUGUUCACAAAAACAUUUUGCUGACUAGAUCCAUUAGGAUCUGGCAUCUUUGUUUUGUACGUUGGCAUUUACUAUUUAUUUACAAGUUAUUGUUUUACUGCAUCGUACAAUUUAACUUCGAAAUACUCAGGAUAUUUUAUGCAAUCGCCUUUAUUUAGUAAUGUACAGUUUUAAGUCAUUAAAAUUGCACAACGAAUACCCAAACAGAAGAAUAAAUGAAAUCGCGAAAAAACUUUCUUCGUUUCUUUUUCUUCAGCAGCAGCCAGUGGGCCAAGUCUGUGGGCUCCCGGGACAAACCAGUGUAGACGUUGAGUCAGGCGUACGGCUAAUUACAGCCCAGGAU